UUAUAUUUAUAAAUAUUACUUGUUUCUAGUGUUGAAAAGUUGAUCAUAUUUGUUUUCAUUGUACUGUAAUCCAUGCAUCACCUCAUGGGAAACAAACAUUGUAUUUUGUGCCCUUGGGAAUAGAUAAAAUGUUUUAGAAUGCCUAUAAUGAUAAUACGGCUGUGUAUAAAAUAAAAUAAAGACUCGUCAGAAAUAGCAUGCGGAAUAUAUUUUAUAAUCCUCAACUUUUCGCUCUAUUGGACCUCGUGUUUACUAGUUUCGUUGUUGAAGUUUCGUUCAAUGCCGAGUAAGAGCGAUCUCCUACACCAUGUUUUUACAUAAUUUUUGACCUUUGUUUCUGCUAAUAUUUACCUAGCAGGAGCGCAACUUGUGUUUUGAAUGAGCAGGUUAUACAAGGGUGUUAACGAAGCAAAUAAGUUUUUAUGCCGCUGUUAUUUGUUUACUACGAAAAAUUUCAGCAAUGAACGGUAACACUGAGACAACAAAGAAAACAUCUACAAUGAUGGAUUCUCUCUUUUUUAGUCAUCGACUGCGACUGAGUAUGGAUAUAUUUUCAAUGAUGAUGCCAAAAAAUGAACCUCUCGAUUUAAGUGAUGUGGAAUCAUAUUUUGAUGGAAGUGGAAGUCCAGCUUCAGACUUGUCUUAUGAAUCACCCUUCGAUUAUCAAGACCCAGAAUGUUUUUCUCCACAAAAUUUGCCCUAUCCUAUGCAUGCUGGGUCACAGGGUGUUGAUUUUGACUAUCAGGACUUCAAUCAACCAAAGAAUACAAUGGACUUUAAAAUAAAACAGAAAACAGAAUGCUCUGUUGAUUUUUCAACAUUGUUCACCAUGGAAAGCAACAUGGGUUACCAAUAUAAUUACAGAGACGAAUCAAAUUUAAGUAACAACUGGUCAAAUCGGCAAACCAACAUGCCAGAAUUGUCACACUACCAGCCAAGUCAAGACCAGAGUCAACAUUACCAAACAACAGGAGAUACUCAAUACCAGACUCUGUUCCAACAGCAAUCAUAUAUGAGGAUGCUGAGUGAGGAAAAAGAAAAUGAAAUGGCUAAUAUUUUUCAAAUGGAUCAUACAAAAAGUAACAGAGACCUACACCAGCAAGUUCUGUAUGAUUUGCUGAAACAACAGGAUGCAAACUUUGGUCAUCAGACUGACAAUUUUGCAAAUUUAUCGAUCCCAUCACCUCAGUCACCCAGUUCAAAUUACGAUCCUAUCGUGCCUUCACCACAGCCCUACAUGGAGAGAGAGAACGAUUUUGGUGGGAUAAGAGAAAAAUAUGGUGAUGGAAAUGGCAUGGAAUGUAUGGAUGCAGAAAUGCUAAUUAAGACAUUCAAAACAAUAGCUGAUUUUGUGGACAACGAUUCUGCCAAAACAAACUGCACACGCCGAAAAGAAGAUCUCCCACCUACAAAACCUAAAAGAAAAAGGUCCCGACAGCGUGGUGGUAAUGGAGGGACAGGUAAACCACGGCUUUAUAAUUUCUUGCGGGAAAUUUUAGAGGAUCCUGUCAACUACUCUUGCAUUGAAUGGGUAAAUAAAUCAUCAGGUUUGUUUAAGUUCCUUGACUCAGCAGAGGUGGCGAGGUUGUGGGGCUAUCGAAAAAACAAGCCAAUGAUGAAGUACGAAAAUUUUGCAAGAUCCCUGCGUACUUAUAUUGCUAAGGGAAUCUUGACGAAACCACGAAACAAGUUGGUGUACUGUUUUGCAAAGCCGUUACCAGCAUAAUCGUUUUUGCUUGGUUAUGAAUGAGAUGCCCUCGAAUUGGUACUCGACUAACAGUGGACUUGUGCUAUGUGCAUAAGUUCAUUUUUUGUUUGUUCAAAAAACCCCUACAGUGCCUUGGUGCUAUGCUAUGAGCUUGCAAAUAACAUUUCUAACUCUUGAAAAAUAAACUAAAUGUUGAAAUGUUAUUUACAGUUCAUGGUGUGGCAUUCAAGCUUUCAGUAUUCACUAUGUGAAAUUAUUUAUAGUAUAUUUAAGAAUUUCAGCAAAUUUGGUCUUUAGCAGUUUGCAGUUAUAGUAACUGUGAGGUGCUUGUCGAUAUUUUGUUCCAGUAUUAAUAUAACAACUUGACAAUUUUCAUGUGACCAAAUUUGCUGACUCUUUGUUAUAUAAUCAGUAUUUUAAUAGUUUUAAUUAUUUUAACAAUCUAAACAUACACCUACCCUGAAUAUCCAGUUGUUAAAAACCCUUAUAUCUUACUUAAUUUUCCCCAACAGGGAGUGUUUAAUUUUCAUUUUUAUUUCCUCACAUAUAAAGGAUUUAUUAAUAUGUUUAUAUCAGUUAAAGAUAGACAUUUUUAUGCAAAUUUUGACCUUCUUUCCAAGAACAUGCCUGCUUUUGAUAUAUAAUUAUUUAGUAUUUUGUAACUGUAUAUUUUAAACAACAAAAAAACUUGAGAAAAUUUAAAAAAAAAAUUAUAAUUGUAUAUAUUACUUUUUUUGCAGCUAGCUAAGUAUAUAGCUAGGACGAAUUUAUUGUAAGGGAGAAAAUUAAAAUAUAUAAAAAAAUUAUUGUAAUACUGUAACCAAUCAUUAAUUUUGUAUAUAAAAAUACGUUUCCUUUUUAUUUA